CUGAAACAGACUCAAAGAUCAAGCCAGGGACGCGCACCUCUCUCCUCACUCUUCUCUUCUCUCUUCACUUGGAUAUUAUUCGUCUGACCGAAGGCCGCCUCCAUCAUCAAGUGACAGCCCUCUCCUAUUUAUUUGCUUAUAAACCUGUUACAAUAAAUGAUCAUUGGAGCAGCGUCAGCCCAGCGUUUUAACAACGGAAAGCGAGCAAUUUUUUGAUGAAUUACUUUUUUUUCCACCGCUGCAUGUGAGGAGGGAUGCACGUCUGCAGCUCGGUUGCAUUCAUGUUCUUAAAUUUUCUUGCGUCUUACUUAUAAAACGGUUGAUCCAGACGCGGUAAAGCAGAGUUCCAUGCGGAUUUGGCUCUGACAGAACUUACUGGUGCUGCAACCCAUCCUUGGACAAGUUUUGUGCCUACUGCUUCUUUUUUUAUUUAUUUUUUUCCUUUUCUAAACGUCUAGAUGAUGGAGAGGAUAAGAAAAGAGAUGAUAUUGAUGGAGAGGGGUCUGCACAGUCCUGUUUCAGGGAAGAGACUCGGGGACGCGCCAGGAAAUUCAGUUCUGGAGGCCCUGGAAAACUCACAACACGGCGGGCGGCUAAGCCCGAGAAUAACAUCGGCUUCCCUCCACGGAAAUCUCGGGGACAUCCCAACUAAAGGCAAGUUUGAAAUAGAAAGCCUCUUUGGGACGCACCACGGGAGCGAGAACGCGUCUUCGGCGGAGAUUUCGUCGUCGGAAAGCAGGAAGAAAAUGAGCCUUUACUCCGAAGUUUCGCAAGAAUCAGACAUAAACAGCGAUGUGGAGGUGGGAUGCCCGGCGCAUCGCUCCCCCAGCCAGCAUAAGGAAAACAAUAAGGGUUUCUCUGACAGUAAUUCAGCGUCCUCCAACACAAGCUCGAACUCCCUUGCGAGCAUGAACGGAAACUCGGCUGGAGGAUCCAACAAUUCCAACACCGACCAGGUUAGGAGGUACCGGACUGCUUUCACUCGGGAACAGAUCGGGAGGCUGGAAAAGGAAUUUUAUCGGGAAAACUACGUUUCCAGGCCAAGGAGGUGUGAAUUAGCAGCAGCGCUGAAUCUGCCGGAAACGACAAUAAAGGUGUGGUUCCAGAACAGGCGGAUGAAAGAUAAGAGGCAGCGCCUGGCCAUGUCUUGGCCCCAUCCUGCAGACCCCAGCUUCUACACUUACAUGAUGACGCAUGCGGCCGCUACAGGAAGUUUACCUUAUCCUUUCCACUCACACAUGCCUCUGCACUACUAUCCGCACGUCGGCGUCACGGCGGCAGCAGCGGCCGCCGCGGCGAGCGGAGCCGCCUCGUCGCCCUUUGCCACCUCUAUCCGGCCCCUCGACACCUUUCGCGCCCUCUCCCAUCCAUAUUCACGUCCGGAGCUCCUGUGCAGCUUCAGACACCCAGGACUGUACCAGUCGCCGGCAGGCCUCAACAGCUCGGCGGCAGCUUCCGCAGCAGCCGCGGCUGCAGCGGCGGCGGCGGCGGUCAGCGCUCCGUCUGCCUCCGGGCCCUGUUCGUGCCUAAGCUGCCACAGCAGCAGCCAGGCGGCCAGCGCGCUGGGCUCCAGGAGCGCCGGCGCUGACUUUACCUGCACGGCUUCUGCUCAGAGAUCAGAAAGUGGCUUCCUGCCGUAUUCCGCCGCUGUUCUCAGUAAGACCUCUGUCCCAUCGCCCGAUCAACGAGAGGAGAGCUCACUAAACAGAUAACUGAUCACCUUGUUCAGGAGGGAUAGGUCAGUUUUUAAGGACACAUGUGCAUAAAACGUUGUAAACAGACACACAUUAUAAUUUGUAAGUAAUAUUUAUGACAAAAAACAAAAAAAGGACUGGACAGUACAUAAUGCAAUGCAAAGCCUACUUUUUUUUUCUUUUCUUAGACGUGUCACUGUCAUGCGAGUGGACAAGCUUAUAUUGUUGUGCUUGUCAUAUCGCCCGCUCACCAUUCCUUGCUUUAGCUGUUUUGGUCGUUUCGUGCCCCACGUUUGAAUCUUGCUCCGAAUGUUUCAUGUAAACUCUGAUUCAUUUGAUCCCUGUUUCGAGAACAGAUUAUCAAUUGUGUUCUUUUGGUCUUCUCAUAUUCCUCUAAUGUAGUAUGAACUCCAGAUUACAAAUACCUACCAGGAGAUCGUUUCAAAAUAUUUUGGAUUGAUCUGUCAUAAUCUUUCAUAUUUUAUAAGAAUGAACUGGUCUACAGAUCUCAAACACAGGGUUAUAAACAGACAAAGAAAAAAACAAACAAACAUAAAACUUGUUUAAAUUUUGAGGGUACAUUCUCACAGGUAUUUAUUUUCAUUUCCUUAUUUCCUAUUUUCAUAUCUAAUAAUUCAAUUUCGCACCUCUUAAGAAACUAUCAGCUAUAGACUUAAACACGUUUAGUCAGUUUGGCUUUUAAUCAAAGAUUUCAAGGACUAACUAAACAUUACUAUUCUAAGAUCUCACUUAAAACAGUGUUAAAUCACCGACUUAAAACAAACAAACAAAAAUAAUAAUUUAAUCCUCUUUUAGAGCUAUCUUACUCUUAUGAAAUUUCAGAGAUUUUUAAAAUGAUCGAAUUAUUUAAAGACAAACAAUUAAAAAGCAAAAUGGGAAAUAUUUAAAACGACGAAGUUUCGAAAUAACCAUCGCCCUGAUUGGAUCACAUUUAAUCAUAGCUGAUAAAAUUGGAAGGAUGCAAAAUCUUACAGAGAUAUCAUACAAAUUCUAUUGUUAAAGAUGCCCAUAAUUUAUAAUGGAAACUGACUAUCAAAAAAAAAAUCAGAUAUUUAAUAUUUUUGUGGCUUUUAUCUACGAAACGGAAUUUGGGUACGAAAAUGAGUCCAAAGAUACCUAUCCAGAAGACUAAAAUGGCAUGCAAGGAGAUGGGUACGAAAUGAACUUAGGGUAGGCAAAUUGCGAGAUCUGGAAUUGAAAAUGGGCAAAUUGUUAUUGUGCAAACAAAACAAAACAUCCUCAGUUUAAUUAGUUUAUUAAAUGGCAUCUUGAUUGACUUUUUUGUUUAAAGUGCCAUUGGAUGUGAUGAUUGUAGUUUUAAGUAAAGUCCAACAACGCUGAAAUUCAAAAGUCCAAAUUCUACUUUGCUGUCUAUUCUACUUUUAAGGCCUACAGUUUGUCAAAUCUUCAAAAGCAGAAUGUAUUUUCAUUAUUAUGUGUUUCUUGGCCAAUCUUUCUUCACUAAGGUCUAGAACAGUAUGAUAUUUUGGCAACAAUAUAGCUUUUCCAAGACCCAGUCUUUGCUCUGUGGGGACUUCCCUAAUCAGCUAGAAGGUGCAUAUCAUUUCACAUCGCGUCUUCCAUGUCAGUUUUUAUGUUAAUAACGAGAGGAUCAUGACAAAAAUUGCCAAUCAUCGUACCUAGAUGGAGCUCCUUUGAACACAUGGCCGCAAGAAAAGUUCGUCGUUUUGAGACCCGCUGUCAUGCGCUAACAACCCGCGGAGGGAAGUCAUUAGAUAUACAAAAGAGCUGGAACAAAGCGACACUCCUGGCACCCUGUAAGAGGAGACCGGCUGACACAUGGAGACUUUAAAUUUCUGAUAAAGCAGCCUUCCAAGAGCCCCCUGAAUGAUCUUCUGCUCCAAAUAAGUGGGGGGAAGUGGAUUCACACAGCAGGAUCUGCUUUAUUUACAUUACCGGACCUCCUUAUAUCACCCCAGUAUAGGUAAUUCCUGCACACAGUGACGGGAAUGGACUCAGAUCAGAUUGCCCACAAUGCUUCAAAAUAUGUCUGCAUCCGCAAAACAAAGGCAAAAAUAACAACAAAAAACAAUAGGAAUUUUUAAAAUGUGCAUUUCAGUCGUUCCAUUUGGGACAUUUCAGAUAUGUUAAUUCUAAAACAUGUGAACUGUAAAAAAUGCAAAUAUUUCUACUGAUUAAUUGAAUUGUUGAUCUAAAAAAAAAAGGACCAUGAAAUGUAAAUGGUAGGCAAUUUUUCAAACACUUUUUCCUUUUUAUAUAUAUCUAUAUAUGAAUAUAAUUUAUUUUGUGUGACUUGAUGAAUGUUUUUUUAUUGUUUAAACACUGGAAGGACCUGCCCAUUUGCUAAUAAAUUCAACAGUAAUCGAAAUUACUAAGUGAAAUUUAAAAUUAACGUGGAUAUGUAGAAUAUGUCAUCAGGGCCCUCUAAAAAAUGUUUUUAUGAUUUUUUUUAUUAUGUUGGAAUUUUUUUAUUCUUAUUUUUCGCCUUUCUACCAUUGGGUAUGUGUUCAACUCUGUAUUUAAAAUAUCAAUGACUGUAUGAAUUUAAAUAUUUUAACUUGAAAAAAAAUAUGUGCAAUAUGAAAUGUAAA